AUGCCUGUCCGGAGGUGCAUUUUUGGCACUGUUGAACGCACUACCAGAUUGGGGAUUUGGUCCUCGUUGUCCCUCCUUACAUCUCCAUGGGAUUUGACUCUACUGGCGCCAUUGAUUCUUUUUCCCGUAGCCUCAGGAGCCGCUCCUCUUGUUUCACCCUCCUUCCGGCCCGCAUCUGCCUCUUCCGCAUAUUGGAACUUGGUCAACUUUACACUGCUUGCACCUUCCACCUUCUCCGACACAGCCACUAAUUUCUUUCUUUUCGAAUUCAAUUUGGGACUUCCAUCUCUAAGACGUUUCGUACCUGCGGAUUUCGCAGAAUGGAGUUGCGAUUCCGACCUUGUCUGGUUGUAUUUAGUUGAUUCCGCAUUAGAAGACCUCGAAUUCUCCAAGCUCUCAAAUGUUGAAGUCGCUAGAAAUGCUUCAAAAUCCAAUUCUCCUCCAAGAAGUUAUCUGGAUACUUUUAUUGCUGGCUACUUAAUACUCAUUAACGCUGGUUUGAACAAGAAGUGGAAGAUCAUUAUCAUCACCACCACCGCAAUCACCACCACCAUUAUUUCAACCAAUCUUCCAGUGAAGCAUCACGCCGUUCCACUUCUCUCAUUUCCCUCUCUCUGUGCUGUUCACGCUCUCGUUGUUGAUGAGCUUGCUGAUCAAAAACAUGCUGCUGGUACUGCUGCAGAGUUUGUUGCUGGCUUUGAAAGACAGCAGAAUCCUCCUGUUGAGAAGCCUGAGGUUGAAAAUUGUAAAAGUGGACAGCAUUCUCGUUUUGGGUCGGAUCGAAUGUGGGAGUUCUUAUCGAUCCAAACGCAAUCGGGCUAA